AUGGCGACCAAGACCACCUCCAUCGUCGUCGCAUCCAAGAACCCCACAAAGAUACGGGCGGCGCAACUCGGUUUUGAAUCGGCACUGCCUGGAGGCUCGUACGACAUGCGCGGGGUCAGCAUACCGUCGGGAGUGCCCGACCAGCCCCUAUCGGACGAGGAGACGCUGCGUGGGGCACUCAACAGGGCACGCGGGGCUCAGGAGAUCGAGACGGAGGCGGACUACUGGGUCGGGAUCGAGGGCGGCAUCGACAUGGCAGAUCGGCAGGAGGGUGGGCCGAUCAUGAACUUUGCGUGGAUCGUGGUGCUCGACCGGCACGGACGCGUGGGUAAGGCGCGUACGGCAGCGUACUACCUUGCCGAGGAGACAGCGGCGUGCCUGCGUCGGGGCAUGGAACUCGGGGAUGCGGACAACCUCGUCUUUGGGCAGACGAACACGAGGAGCGGCAAGGGGUCGGUCGGGCUAUUGACAGACGACGUGAUUGACCGGACAGAGUACUAUCGCCAUGCCGUCAUCCUGGCUCUGAUUCCGUUCAAGAACAAGACCCUGACCUUUGUGUGA